AUGCAACACCUUCCGACUUGUACCACAAAUCUGGAUCAUGCACUCGAUUCUCGAUGCCAUUCGGAAAGAUCUCACAAGGUCGCUGGCAAUCAUACUCUUCUAUCAUUCCUUCAAGAUGACUUGGAGUGGGACAUCGCCCUCAUCAAGCUAUCGGUACCCCUGGACUUGGCUCGGAUGAUCGAGGUGAGUUCCGUUCGCCUGCCGCCGACGGUGCAGCCCGAAAACUGGCCGAAAGCAGGUGAAGUCUGUGUUUUGGUCGGCUGGGGAUGCACUCGUGUGGACGGAGGUCCCUCCACGCAUGCUCAGAUGGCCAGAUUUCAGGUGGUGGCCAACAAGGACUGUUCUCAAAUGUACCAGCACAAUGCCGGACUGAACGAGCACCACGAAUUCUGUGCUGGCUACUACAACGCCAAUCUGGGCAUCUGUCCGGGCGAUAGUGGCAGCGGUUUGGUCUGUAAUCGAGAAGGUCUCUGGUACCUGAUAGGUGUGGCUUCAGCUACACAUGCAACAAAGCCGUCCAAGUUUCCCGGACUCUUCACACGUGUGUCACAUUUCCGGGGCUGGAUAGACAAGAUGACAACUGCCUAG